AUUUACUGUCAAAGUUGAACAAAGACCUUUACUUGAAAUGAUAUCCGUUUUAAGAACUAUCUGAUUUCUGAAUUUUGUUUGAAUGUUAAUUAAAAACACUAUGCCAAAAAAGUUUGUUGGAGAAAAUACCAAAUCGAUAGCUUCACGUGAAAGAAAGAAAAUACAGAAGGAAAGAAAAUUAAAAGAAAAUGAAGAAAAAAUAGAUGAAGAAUUCUGGAAAGAUUCGGAUAAACAGUCUGAAAAGAAACAAGCAAAAAAAGAAGCCGCAGAAAAGAAGAAACAGGAAGUGAAACAGAAAAAGCUAGAGACAAAAGAUCAGUUAGAAAAAGAACUUGCCUCGAUUAAAAUAAAAAGGGGUAAAGAUGUAAAGAAGUUAACAAGAGCAGAACUCAGUUCCCAACGGACUGAGGCUAAUGUUAAAAAUAAUUCCUCAAGUGUGUCGUCAUGUUUAGAAGAGCCAUUAGAAAAAAAUCUAAAUAAGUUGUCGAUUGAUAAUUCAGAAAGUGCUAGAAAUAUCGAUGAUGCUAUUUUGCUUUUAACUGACCAUACAGAUGAAGACAGACACCCUGAGAAAAGAAUGAAAGCAGCAUACAAGUGUUACGAAGAAAAAUGUUUGAAGGAUCUAAAAAUAGCUCAUCCAUCAUUAAAAUUAUCACAACUGAAACAAAUGGUGUUUAAAAAUUGGAAGACGGCUCCAGAGAAUCCUUUGUUACAAAAAAUGUAGUCCAU